GAAAAUGAACACAAAUCUGCGAUUGAUUUUCAUAAUGUUUCUGCGGUGUUUGAAAACCAAUCGUUUGAACCUCUGAGAUCUUACCUAAGUGAACCACUCCUACGCUUCUAAGUGCUCUAAACUGAUAUAUGACAAUAUCUACUUUGGAUCACGUGUCCUGGAGAGAGCGACUAAGACGGAUCGCGCGUCAUCUCGCCUUCCCAAAUUUUUCCCCCUCUGCACCUCGGAUCCAAAACGUCUAUCUAUAGGAGCCAGAAACGGAGAAAGAUGUUUAACUCAGUGAACCUGGGCAACUUCUGCUCGCAGUCGCGCAAAGAGCGGAGCGCCGACUUUGGGGAGCGAGCAGGUUGCGCUUCCAACCUCUACCUCCCCAGCUGCACCUAUUACGUCCCAGAAUUUUCGACUGUGUCAUCUUUCCUGCCACAGGCCCCCUCUCGCCAAAUCUCCUACCCUUACUCCGCCAACCUCUCCCAAGUGCAGCCCGUGCGCGAGGUCUCCUACGGGCUAGACCCGGCCAAUAAAUGGCACCAUAGAAGCAAUUACGCCUCGUGCUACUCCGCAGAGGAGCUGAUGCACCGCGACUGCCUCCCGCCUGCCACCAUGACAGAGAUGCUCAUGAAAAACGAGAGCGCCUACAGCCACCACCACCACCCGGCCACCAACCACCCGGCGUCCACGGGCUUCUACUCCAGCAUGAACAAGAACAGCGUCCUCCCGCAAGGCUUCGACCGCUUCUUCGAGAACGCCUACUGCGCCACCGAGACCCCGACGGAGCCCUGCCUGCAGAAGGGCGACCCCAAGCUGGAGACGGACCCCCAGCCCGGCGCGCUGCCGUCCCGCGGCGACCAAGGCGUGGACCCGGAAGACGAGGAAGAAAACACCAACCCGGGCUCCUCUGCCUCCUCUUCCUCUGUCAACAAGGAAGGCAGCAAAGCCAGCAACUCCAGUGCCCCCCGCACGAGGAAGAAGCGCUGCCCUUACUCGAAAUUCCAAAUCAGAGAGCUAGAGAGAGAAUUCUUCUUCAAUGUCUAUAUAAACAAAGAGAAAAGGCUGCAGCUGUCUAGGAUGUUGAACCUCACCGACCGACAGGUUAAAAUUUGGUUUCAGAACAGAAGGAUGAAAGAAAAAAAACUAAGCAGAGACCGCCUGCAGUAUUUCUCUGGAAACCCCUUAUUGUGAAACUCUUUUGUAAAAAGAAGAAAAAAAGUAUCAAAAAUAAACAUAAAGAAAUGCCCUCUCGCUUCUUGAAGUACUCUGUGUAGGACGAAGGAGCUCUGCAAAACCAGCUUGGACUGUGGAGGCGACCAGCGACCCUCAGAGUUUUAAGCCUUUCCCUUCUCUGUCUUUGUAUGUUCGGGACCUGGUCGGCUAAACAGAAACAAGGAGUCACACAAGCUACCCUCCCCCUCCCCCCUGACCUAAACGUUGAAAGGACCUGAAGACUGUAUGAACUACACUUUUUUUUAAUUUAACGUUUAGUCUCGAAGAAUUGGAAUUAUUAUUAUUAUUUUAAUUAUUAUUCCCCACCCCCUCCGGCCUCGUCGCCCUCUCGUCUGUCCUCUGUGUUCGACGGAACAGCACAGCGUUGUGUGAGCAUCUGGGUUCCCCCUGUCCUGCUUCUGAAACGCAGGUCAUGCUCUGGCUUCUCAAAAGCACCCCCCCCCCAAGACUUUCCCUGGGAGGGGGCGUUGGGCGAGGGUGCUGCAGAUGGGUGUGCAUGUGGAUCUGCCCACACGUGUUCAUCCGUGCACGCAUGCACUCCUCUGGGUUCCUCUUCUGUACAUGUCAAGGACUGUUGUUGGUUUGAAAACUUAUUUAAAUAAUCUUUCCAGGAAUCCAUUUCACUCGAACGGGGUAAUUUUCAUUGUAUCUUUUAUAUAUUCAUGUUCUAUGCAGUCCCGGAUUUUUGUUUAUUUUAUUUUAUUUUAUUUUAUUUUUGCAUCUGGGGCAGGGUGAGGGGUGGGGGAUG